AUGAGCGACAAUACAGUAGAUAAAAAUAGAGAUUUUCAGGAAAAAACUGAGGAGUUCAAUUGGUCAGCUUUUUACGAUGAUGAAGGAAGAAUAUACUACUACAACGAGAAGAGUGGAGAAAGUUCAUGGGAUGCGCCUGCACGUUUCAACCCGCCUCCGAACGAUGCUGCAGAGCAAUCAUCUGUAAAGGACGUGGACUCCACCGCUGAGGAUAACGCGGCUGAUGCGUCGAAGGAUCCAGAUAAAAAUAAUUGGGUGCUGUACCAUGACGAUGAGGGGCGCGAGUAUUUUUUCAACACCUUGACAGAAGAAACGACUUGGGAAAAGCCAGUUGAAUUCGAGAAACGAAGUGAGAAGUCUCCUGAUGAAGCUUCAACGGUAACAGCAAAAAGUCCAGAACAAGAAUAUUCAGACCGUAUCUCUGAGAAUAUCGAAGAUGAUGAUUCUUUGCAGAGAAUUCCUGCGAAGGAACAUAUGGUAGAUGACAUGCAAGUGGAGGAAAAACAAACAGAGCCAGAGGUUAUAGUUGACCAGUUGGAGGUUGCGGAGCAGGCUUUGAAGCUCCCAGAUGCUAUUCUAGAACCAGGUGUUAUGACUCAUUUGACCGAAAUUGUUUCAAGAGAUGAUGGGAACCCAGAACGUGCAAUUCAAGCGCUCAGCAAGAGUUAUAAUGGUACAACAGCUGUUUGUGGUUUGCUCAGUCGGUGGCUGGCAGAUCUGAAGUCUCUAUCGGCGGUUGCCGAUGUCGUUGACACAGAGAAACGUCGGGAGAGGCAAUCCAAAGCAUUUCGAAAGUCAACUGAUGAUAUUCGGGAAAUGGCACAAGCUGUCAUUUUUAGAAUCUCGAGAGAGAAAUUCACAAACGGAGGGGGUGAUAACAUUCUGAACUUGCACAAGGCUGAAGUUGCUUUCUUGGAAAAAAUGAUGGAUUCGAAACGAUGGAGGGGUUUACUGAUUGAUUUGAGCGCCUCGAACAAAGAUAGUGCAAUGCUACGAUACUGCUUAAGAGCAAUAUCGAAGAGAGGUCACCACCGCGAAAUUGCCAAUCGGAUUGAUCAGUCUGAUCAUUUUGCAGUCUUUGAUGCAAUGCUUGCUUCUGAGGUAGCAGCUGUCGGGAAAAUUGCGGUGUCCUUGUGUCAAGAGCAGGAUAGCACUAUUCAUUUGGACGAGCUUGUCAGUGGUCUCCGUCGGACAUGUACCUCGACCGCAUAUACGUACAUUUUUACAUUGGAGGUAUUGGAUCAUCUUGUAACCGUCGCGAGAAGGAAAGCUGUUGGGCUUCAUGGCAAAGAGUACCGAGUUUUUCUGCGAGCAAUUCGUAAGUGGGAAAGGCUUGGUGAUGACUUGAAGAGUAGUAUGAUAGACCCAGCCUCUACGAAUGCGACUCCAUUGUUCCGCAAGAGGAGACUCGAUGUUGCUAUGACGAUCAGUGAGCUGCAUCAACGACAGCGGAGACGAACUUUACCUGAUGGUAACAAUAUCACUGGGAGACGUCCUGUUGAUGAAGUGGAGGCGAAACGAGAAAAUGCUGUACACUCAUUUCUGCGCCAGUAUUCUCUCAGUACUCGUGUUGACGAUAGUUUUUUGGACUCAAUAUUAGAAAGCGGAUCGACUGAACUGUCAGCCAAUUCUUCAGGUGCUCUUCUGGUGAAACGUCCAAUAUCGGUAAAGGCAUUGCUUGGAUAUCUCUACAAACCUGGAGGCCAAAGAGUGGGUUCUGUUGUGACGAAGAAAAAAUGUGCAAUGAUAAUUGCACAUUCAGCUAUAGCCGCAGAAAACGAAAUUACUUCUGCGAGUAAUGAGCAGAGUGAGGAAACAAUUCAAGUAACCGACAAAGUCGCGCUCACGCGAAACCUUGUUGACGGCAGUAAUCUAUGCCAAGAGCUGGAGAACAUGGUCUCGUUCAUUGUGACACAAAAUGCAACAAAAAAAGCACAACAGAGUUCAGGCGAACGACUUGUCGUUCUGGCUACAGGUAGCUCACUCGUUGCUCAUGGUGUCGCCAUGUGGGCACGCAACAUGGUCAAAGGCAAUGAUUUCGUAUCUUCUGGGACCUACGCAACUGUCUCCCCCAGUAUCCUGUCCUUGGUUCGAGUUUUGUAUACAAUUCAUAAAUCUCUUCGAGAUGAUUCACUCGAGGUCGCUUUCAGUUUCUUGUCUCAUUCAAAUACUGAUUCAGACGUUUCAUACCAAAAGUUGAACGAAAUAAAGGAACAGAGCCUUCGUCUGCUACUUGUUCUAUCUGUCGCCGGAGAAUCGCCCACAGCUCUCUUGAGAAUGACCCAACUAUUGGAAGAAUCGGGCAGUUCAGCACUUGACUCCUCACUGAUUCGAUACUUUGUUUCUGGUCUUCUGAGUGUGAUUCAGGGACCUUUCUCUAUCCCCUUUAUGCGUACCCUUGCAGCCUUUCUGAAGGUACCAUCAUGUGUUGACGCUCUCAAAACAUCAUACUUCGAGGCAACGGAGCAAGCGAAGCUAUCAGUUGUUAUGAAUGUGUUCAGGCAAGAACUCGACAGCAAGACAGCGGUAUUGAAUCCUGAGGAUAUCGAACUUUUUCUGUCCUUGCUCUCCAAUUACGCUACCACCAGAACAGAAUAA